AUGGGAACGAAGCACCACCACUCCUCUGAUCCGACCGCCGACAGUAAACGGCGACGCUGUUCUGCUUUCUCCAAAAUUGAUGCUGGAAUCGAACCGAAAGAGUGCAUCAAAGUUUAUCUGGGUACUCUGUGUUGUUGCCUUAUUUCUUAUAUUUUUCUGUCUACUCUUUUCAUUUACUUUUUCUUCACGGUGUUUGCCUGCUCAUUUCACUACUCUUUGGAAACUUCUCAUGUUAUGGAUAAUCACGUAGAAACUUCACGGUAUGAGAUACUGUAUGUUCAAGUGGAUAUGCCUUAUUUGGGGAAUGUCUUCUUAUCUGGAAAAGAUGAAGUGGAUUCUCCAAACAGUUUCCAAGUUGAACCGAUUGACCUAAAUCCGUUUUUUGAAGAGGAUGGGAAGAUAUAUGGUUACCAGGGUCUGAAGAUCACUGUUUGGCUUAGCAGCAUAUCAUUCCAUGCAUAUGCUGAUAUUUCUUUUGAGAGCACAUCAGAUGGUGGCAAGGGAAUAACCGACCUGAAGUCAUCUCUUCAGAAUAUUUUUGCUGAGAAUCUUGUUGAGAGCAAAGAUGACUUUCUUCAGACAUUUUCAAGCGAAUGCCACUAUGUGAAGUAUCGGAAGGGCUACGGCAUCUGCCUCCUGAAAACGCUCAACAGCAUUGCAAUUGCUGAUGACGUCUAUGAUGUCACAAUGGAAGAGCCAGUGGAGUCCCUCCAACACGUGAGGACAUGCAUCGACGUGCAGCGCCUUUUGGCUUUCGACCCAAUCCACGAAGCCCUCGACUCAGUCGUCUCACGCCUCAAACACGAGAACCUCUCCAAGAAAAGCCAGCCGUGCAGCAAGUGGGGCCCACCGGCAAAGAGUGUAAUCGAGGACGUGCGUAAAAAUUUGAAAAUCAACAAGAGACAGUUUUUGCAGUGCUGGGAGAUACUGAUCUAUCUUGGCCUAGAUGACUGCAUCGAGAAAUACAUGGAGAAUUACAAGGCCGUAAUUUUGUUUCGCAUGAAAGUGGAUGUUGUGGGGAAAGAAUCUGGAGGGAAGCGUUUGGUUGAUAUCCCGACUGAGUUUGAUGGGGAUAUGUCGUUCGCGAUGUUUAAGUGUCAUGAGGAUGGGGAGUGUGCAGUUGCUAUUGAGAAGGAUGAGGGUAAUCAGGAAGAGCAGCUGAAGCAGUUGGUGGAUGAGAGAAUGAAAGAGAUUAAGUCGGUUGCUGAGAAAGCCUAUCCCUCAGGAAGGGCUUCCUGCGCUUAUGGCGGAACCGAGACCGCACACAAGUCACGAGAUCUUCAAAUUCGUCUAAUCGAGAUGUUGUUCAACAUAAACGACGCCAUUGACAGCCGGGUUGUUGAUUAA